UUUUCUUCUUUUCUCACAAGGCUAUAGUUGAAUGAUUCCACUCUGGAGCACGUAUCCUGUCUCAAAUUGCCGGGCUCCUCAACGCUAAGGCGCUCCAACUGCUGCAAGCCCCUGCCCUGGAGUGCACACCAGGAACUUGGUCAGGAUUCAGUUCUUGAUCCUGGUGCUUAGUCUGGGGGUCCGCACAGUGAGCGCAGAGUCUGAGCAGGAUCAGUAGGUGUGGGGGUUUCUGUUGGAGGGACAGCCAGGCUGACCAAUGGGACCAGGGAAGCUGGCUCAGGUGCUACUUGGAUGGGCGGCGGUGCUUGUCGGGACGAUUCACGCAGCUUCUGAUCAGACUGGGAAUGGACCUUACCAGGCCAGCCGCUUCACGGGGGUAGUGGACCAGAGGGAAGUGCAGCGGGUUCGGCGCCGAGGCCAGGAAACACUGAGAGGACCCAAUGUGUGCGGCUCCCGCUUCCAUUCAUACUGCUGUCCAGGCUGGAAGACUCUGUCGGGGGGGAACCAGUGUAUUGUUCCGAUCUGCAGGAAUUCAUGCGGCGAUGGCUUCUGUUCCAGACCCAACAUGUGCACCUGUUCCAACGGCCACCUCUCUCCCAGCUGUGGAGCGGGAGCCGGAGUUCAGUCUUGUAACAUCAGGUGUAUGAAUGGAGGCAGCUGCCAAGAGGACACCUGCACCUGUUCGAAGGGAUACACAGGCAGUCACUGCGGACAACCUGUGUGUGAAAAUGGCUGCCAGAACGGUGGGCGCUGCAUCGGACCCAACAGAUGUGCCUGUGUCUACGGUUUCACCGGGCCACAGUGUGAGAGAGACUACAGGACCGGACCAUGUUUCACGCAGGUGAACAACCAGAUGUGCCAGGGCCAGCUCAGCGGCAUCGUCUGCACCAAAACUCUGUGCUGCGCUACGAUUGGCCGAGCCUGGGGCCACCCCUGUGAGCAGUGCCCCGCCCAGCCGCACCCCUGCAGACGAGGCUUCAUCCCGAACAUCCGCACCGGAGCCUGCCAAGAUGUGGAUGAGUGUCAGGCGGUACCAGGUCUGUGUUCUGGAGGAAACUGUAUCAACACCGUCGGCUCCUACGAGUGCAAAUGCCCCGCCGGACACCGUCAGAGUGAAACCAGCCACAAAUGUGAAGAUAUYGACGAAUGCAGCACCAUUCCUGGCGUGUGCGAUGGAGGAGAAUGCACCAACACCGCUGGAAGCUACGUCUGCACCUGUCCCAGAGGCUACGUCUCCACCACAGAUGGAUCCAGAUGUGUGGAUCAGCGCGUGGGCACCUGUUUCUCUGCUCUGGCUAAUGGCCGCUGUGCAGCAGAGCUGAAUAGACAGUACAACAAAAUGCAGUGUUGCUGUGAAGCAGGACGCUGUUGGGCUUUGGGCCAGAUCCCUGAGAUGUGUCCCGUCAGAGGUUCAGAUGAGUACAGGCGUCUGUGCAUCGUGGGGGUUCCCCAAGGCCUUCCGCAUACCUUCCCCAAUGGAUAUUUUCCCAGCAACAAUGGCAACUAUGGGUUCAAGCUCCCGCCCAGCGUGCCAAAUGGGAACGGUAAUGGAAAGACCAAUGGCAAUGGAGGAGGGGACGGCUUUGGAGACAAUGGUGGGACAUUUGGGGGCAACGGAGGUACUUUUGGGGGCAAUGGUGGGACUUUUGGGGGCAAUGGUGGGACUUUCGGAGGUAAUGGAGGAGGACUGAACAACAUAGGCGCCGUUUCCCUGAAUGAAAGCAUCGAUUUUUGCAAACAUUUCACCCACCUGUGUUUGAACGGGCGCUGCAUCCCAUCACACGGAAGCUACCGCUGCGAGUGCAACAUGGGCUACAAGCAGGAUGUGCGCGGGGAGUGUAUCGAUGUGGAUGAGUGUGUGAGUAACCCAUGCAUUAAUGGGGAUUGUGUCAACACACCUGGAUCAUACCACUGCAAGUGUCAUGAGGGAUACCAGGGAACCCCUACCAAACAGGCCUGCAUUGACAUUGAUGAGUGUAUUGUGAAUGGAGUAAUGUGUCGAAACGGCCGCUGUGUCAACACAGAGGGGAGCUUUCAGUGCAUCUGCAAUGCUGGUUUUGAGCUCACUCCUGAUGGAAAGAACUGCAUCGAUCACGAUGAGUGUGCCACUACCAACAUGUGUCUCAACGGCAUGUGCAUCAACGAGGACGGCAGCUUUAAGUGCAUCUGCAAGCCUGGCUUUAUGCUGGCUCCUAACGGGCGUUACUGCACCGACAUCGAUGAGUGUCAGACGCCGGGUAUCUGCAUGAACGGGCGCUGCAUCAACACCGAGGGCUCCUUCCGCUGCGAGUGCCCACCGGGCCUCGCCGUUGACGUUGAUGGACGAGUGUGUGUGGACACACACAUGAGGACCACCUGCUAUGGUGCCAUAAAGAUGGGCACAUGCUCGCGUCCGUUCCCAGGCGCGGUGACCAAGUCAGAAUGCUGCUGUGCUAAUCCUGAACAUGGCUUUGGAGAACCCUGCCUACCCUGCCCGUCCAGGAAUUCAGCUGAGUUUCAGGCUGUGUGCAGCAGCGGGAUCGGAAUCACAACUGAUGGGAGAGACAUCAACGAGUGCGCCUUGGACCCGGACAUUUGUCAGAACGGCAUGUGUGAAAACCUGAGAGGAAGCUACCGCUGUAUCUGCAACAUCGGCUACGAGUCGGACACAAGUGGGAAGAACUGUGUCGAUAUUAAUGAGUGUUUGGUGAACCGGCUGCUUUGUGACAACGGUCUGUGCAGAAACACACCGGGCUCCUACACCUGCUCCUGUCCCAAAGGAUUUGUCUUCAAACCUGACUCAGAGACAUGUGAAGAUAUAAAUGAAUGUGAAUCGAGCCCAUGCAUAAAUGGAUUGUGCCGGAACGUGGCCGGGUCCUUCAACUGUGAGUGCGCUCAUGGCAGCAAGCUGGACUCCACAAACACCAUCUGUGUCGAUAGCAUGAAGAGCACUUGCUGGCUCACGAUACAAGACAACCGCUGUGAGGUCAACAUCAACGGAGCCACGCUGAAGUCGGAGUGUUGCUCCACGCUGGGAGCGGCCUGGGGCAGCCCCUGUGAGCCCUGCGAGAUCGAUACUGCUUGUUCUCGAGGAUUUGCCCGCAUGAAGGGUCUCGUUUGUGAAGACAUUAAUGAGUGCGAGGUGUUCCCUGGCGUGUGCACCAAUGGGCGGUGCGUGAACACGCAGGGCUCGUUCCGCUGUGAGUGCGCUGCGGGUCUGACCCUGGACAGCAGCGGGCGCACCUGUGUGGACAUGCGCAGCGAGCAGUGCUACAAGAAGUGGCACGAGGAUGAGUGUGGCGAGCCACUGCCGGGGCGGUAUCGUGUGGACAUGUGCUGCUGUUCUGUCGGGGCCGCCUGGGGGGUCGACUGUGAGGAGUGUCCCAAAGAAGGGACCCCUGAGUUUAGCACUAUAUGUCCUAGAGGUCCAGGCUUUGCAAACAGAGGAGAUAUUCUGACUGGCAGGCCCUUCUAUAAAGAUGUGAAUGAGUGCAAGGUGUUCCAGGGUCUGUGCACCCAUGGGUCCUGCAGAAACACAAUUGGCAGUUUCAAGUGUCGCUGCAACAGCGGCUUCACUCUCACAGCAGAGGAGAGGAACUGCACAGAUAUUGACGAGUGCCGGAUCUCCCCCGACCUGUGCGGCCACGGCACGUGUGUCAACACUCCCGGCAGCUUCGAGUGCGAGUGCUUCGACGGCUACGAAAGUGGCUUCAUGAUGAUGAAGAACUGCAUGGACAUUGAUGAAUGUGAGAGAAACCCCCUGUUGUGCCACGGAGGAACCUGCCUGAACACAGAUGGGAGUUACGAGUGCGAAUGCCCCCCUGGGUACCUGCUCAGCAACGAUGCAUCUGUCUGUGAAGAUAUGAAUGAAUGUCAGCUGAGUGAGAACCUGUGCAGAAACGGUCAGUGUGUCAACAUGCCAGGGACAUUCCAGUGCUCCUGUAACACKGGCUACCAGGCCACACCAGACCGACAGGGCUGCGUCGAUAUCGAUGAGUGCACCAUAAUGAACGGAGGAUGUGAGACUCACUGCACCAACUCAGAGGGCAGCUAUGAGUGCAGCUGUAGUGAAGGCUAUGCACUGAUGCCUGACCUCAGAACAUGCUCAGAUAUUGACGAGUGUGAAGAGACUCCAGAUAUCUGUGAUGGAGGUCAGUGCACCAACAUUCCUGGGGAAUACCGCUGCUUGUGUUUUGAUGGAUUCAUGGCCUCCAUGGACAUGAGGACCUGUAUCGAUGUGAACGAAUGUGACCUGAACCCAAACAUCUGUCUCCACGGUGAAUGCGAGAACACUAAAGGCUCCUUCAUCUGCCACUGUCAACUGGGAUACUUUGUCAAAAAGGGAUCCACUGGCUGCACUGAUGUUGAUGAGUGUGAGAUCGGAGCUCAUAACUGUGAUAUGCACGCUGCUUGCAUCAACGUACCCGGAAGCUUCAAAUGUCGCUGUCGAGAUGGUUGGGUGGGAGACGGGAUCAAGUGUAUAGAUUACGAUGAAUGCUCCUCAGAGGACCACAACUGUCACCCAAACGCUGAGUGUGUCAACACACCGGGGUCCUACAGGUGUACAUGCAAAGAGGGUUUUAAUGGAGAUGGCUUUUCAUGCUCUGACAUGGAUGAGUGUGCAGACAACGUCAACCUGUGUGAGAACGGCCAGUGUCUGAACGCUCCGGGAGGCUAUCGCUGCGAGUGUGAGAUGGGCUUCACUCCUACAGAAGACAGCAAGGCCUGUCAAGACAUUGAUGAGUGUAAUUUCCAAAACAUCUGUGUGUUUGGAACAUGCCAGAACCUUCCAGGGAUGUUCCGCUGUGUGUGUGACGAAGGAUACGAACUGGACCGCAGUGGGGGGAACUGCACAGACAUUAAUGAGUGUGCUGUCCAUGUGAACUGCCUCAACGGGCUCUGUGUGAACAUACCAGGAAGUUACCAGUGCAACUGUCCUGCUGACUUUGAGCUCAACCCCACUGGAGUGGGCUGUGUGGAUAUCCGUGUUGGUAACUGCUUCUUGGACACCCUUCCCCGUGGCGAUGGAGGAAUCUCCUGCAGCGCAGAGAUUGGCGUGGGCGUGACUCGAGCUUCCUGCUGCUGCUCYGAUGGGAAAGCCUGGGGAAACCCCUGUGAACUCUGCCCCAUGUCCAACUCCUCGGAAUAUAAGACCCUCUGUCCGGGAGGGGAGGGGUUCAGACCCAACCCCAUCACUGUUCUCCUGGAAGAUAUUGACGAGUGCAUGGAGCUACCAGGUCUCUGCCAGGGUGGAAACUGUAUCAACACAUUUGGUAGUUUUCAGUGUGAGUGUCCAGCAGGAUACUAUCUCAACGAAGAGACUCGCAUCUGUGAAGAUAUUGAUGAGUGCUCUGCUCAUUUUGGCAUCUGCGGGCCCGGCACGUGCUACAACACUCUGGGCAACUACACAUGCGUGUGCCCCCCUGAAUACAUGCAGGUCAAUGGAGGAAACAACUGCAUGGACAUGAGAAAAAGCGUGUGCUACCGCAACUUCAACGACACGUGUGAGAACGAGCUGUCGUUCAACAUGACCAAGAAGAUGUGCUGCUGCGCCUACAACGUGGGAAAAGCUUGGAAUAAGCCCUGCGAGCCCUGUCCUACUCCUGCUACCACUCAGUAUCAAGUUCUGUGUGGUAACUUGGCUCCUGGAUUCAUCAUUGACAUCCACACUGGGAAACCAGUUGAUAUUGACGAGUGCAGAGAAAUCCCUGGCAUCUGUGCCAACGGCGUGUGUAUCAACCAGAUCGGAAGUUUCCGCUGCGAAUGUCCAAUGGGCUUCAGUUACAACAACAUACUACUGAUUUGUGAAGAUAUUGAUGAAUGUAACAGCGGGGACAACCUGUGCCAACGCAACGCCAACUGUAUCAACAUUCCAGGCAGCUACCGCUGCGAGUGCUCGCAGGGCUUCAAACUGUCACCCAGCGGGGCUUGUCUGGAUCGUAACGAGUGUCAGGAGAUUCCCAACGUGUGCAGCCACGGUCAGUGUAUCGACACGCAGGGCAGUUAUCGCUGCCUCUGCCACAACGGCUUCAAAGCCUCCAUCGAUCAGACGAUGUGCAUGGAUAUCGAUGAGUGUGACAGACAGCCGUGCGGGAAUGGCACCUGCAAAAACACGGUGGGGUCCUACAACUGUCUCUGCUUCCCCGGCUUUGAGCUAACACACAACAACGACUGCAUGGACGUGGACGAGUGUUUUGCCUUCCAGGGCCAAGUGUGCAGAAACGGACAGUGCAUCAACGGGCUCGGAUCCUUCCAGUGUCUCUGUCACGAGGGUUAUGAAAACACACCUGAUGGAAAGAACUGCAUCGAUAUAAAUGAGUGUAUCAGCCUUCCCGGGACAUGUUCCCCAGGAACUUGUCAGAAUCUGGAYGGAUCCUUCAGAUGUAUCUGCCCUCCUGGUUAUGAAGUGCAGAACGAGCAGUGUAUAGAUAUCAACGAAUGUGAAGUGGAGCCAAACAUCUGCCAGUUUGGCACCUGCACCAACACUCCCGGCAGCUUCCAGUGCUCCUGCCAACCGGGCUUCGUGCUGUCUGACAACAAGCUGCGCUGCUACGACACCAGAGAGAGCUUCUGUUUCACCAAGUUCGAGGCGGGAAAAUGCUCCGUCCCCAAAGCCUUCAACACCACCAAGGCCAAGUGUUGCUGCAGCAAGAUGCCCGGAGAGGGCUGGGGUCUUCCCUGUGAGCUGUGCCCACGAGAGACUGAUGCUGCUUUUAACACCCUGUGUCCCUACGGUCAUGGAGCUCUGCCUGGACUGGGUGAUACUCGAGAGGAUAUGAACGAGUGUCUGGAUAACCCUGGAAUCUGUCAGAACGGCAUCUGCAUCAACACAGACGGUUCUUUCCGAUGUGAAUGUCCCUUCGGAUAUAAUCUGGAUUACACAGGAGUUAACUGCAUCGACACUGAUGAGUGCUCCAUCGGAAACCCAUGUGGAAAUGGAACCUGCACCAAUGUGGUGGGAGGGUUUGAGUGUUCGUGCCAGGAGGGCUUUGAGCCCGGACCCAUGAUGACUUGUGAAGACAUUAACGAGUGCUCCCAGAAUCCUCUGCUCUGCGCUUUCCGCUGCGUGAACACCUUCGGCUCCUAUGAGUGCAUGUGUCCAGCUGGGUAUGUGCUGCGAGAUGACCAGCGGAUGUGCAGAGAUCAAGACGAGUGCUCAGAGGGUCUGGAUGACUGCGACUCUAAAGGCAUGACCUGCAAAAACCUGAUAGGAACCUUCAUGUGCAUCUGCCCUCCUGGCAUGCAGCGACGGCCGGAUGGAGAGGGAUGCAUGGACUUGAACGAGUGCCGCGCCAAACCGGGCAUCUGCAAGAACGGUCGCUGCGUCAACACCGUGGGGAGCUACCGCUGCGAGUGCAACGACGGCUUUGAGCCGAGCUCAACUGGAACUGAAUGUAUCGACAACAGGAAAGGCUUCUGUUACACAGAGGCUCUGGCGACAAUGUGCCAGCAGUCAUCAACCAACAGGAACAGUGUGACCAAGUCUGAGUGCUGCUGCAACGCGGGUCGAGGCUGGGGGUCCCAGUGUGAGCUGUGCCCACUCCCCGGCACCGUGCAGUACAAGAAGAUGUGUCCGCUUGGACCUGGAUACACCACAGAUGGUAGAGACAUCAACGAGUGUCAGGUGCUGCCAGAUCUGUGCCGUAAUGGUCAGUGCAUCAACAGCAUCGGAUCGUUCCGCUGCCACUGCAACGUUGGCUACAAAGCUGAUUUCACUGCAACCGCCUGCGUUGACAUGGAUGAGUGCUCUUUGUCUCCGAAGCCGUGUAACUUCCUGUGUAAAAACACCGAAGGCAGUUACCUGUGCUCCUGCCCCAGGGGAUACAGUCUGCAACCAGAUGGAAAAACCUGCAAAGAUCUGGAUGAAUGUGCAACAAAGCAGCACAACUGCCAGUUCCUCUGCGUUAACACCAUCGGAGGUUUCACCUGCAAGUGUCCUCCUGGCUUCUCUCAGCAUCAGACCGCCUGCAUUGACAACAACGAGUGCUCGGCCCAGACCAGCGCUUGUGGUUCUCGAGCCUCUUGUGUCAACACACCUGGAAGCUUCAACUGUGAAUGCUCCAAAGGUUUCUCCUUGGACAGCUCAGGCCUGGAGUGUGAGGACGUGGAUGAGUGCAGCAGUAACCAUCGCUGUCAGCACGGCUGUCAGAACAUGCUGGGAGGGUUCCGCUGUGGCUGUCCUCAGGGUUACGUGCAGCACUACCAGUGGAACCAGUGUGUGGAUGAAAACGAGUGUCAGGGCGGCACCGUUUGUGGUUCUGCCUCCUGCUUCAACACUCUGGGCAGCUUCAAGUGYGUCUGUCCGUCGGGCUUUGACUACGAGCAGAACAUGGGCGGCUGUCAAGAUGUGAACGAGUGCUCGACGGGCGCGAGCCCCUGCAUCUACGGCUGCUCCAACACCGACGGAGGCUACCUGUGCGGCUGCCCUGGAGGUUUCUACCGAGCAGGACAGGGUCACUGUAUAACAGGGUCAGGUUUCCCGGGCCAGCUCGUGGAGGGUGAGGAGGAUGACAGCCUUUCUCCUGAGGCCUGCUACGAGUGCAAGAUCAACGGGGGAGGAAAGGGCGGACGACAAAAGCGCAACACUGAUGAAAAUGAGCUCAACCAGGUGAGCAUGGCCAGCGUGGACACUYUGGCGUCCAUCCCCAUGAACCUGUCUCUGUCCUCGCUGCUGGACAAAGAGCCUCUGCUGGAGCUCCUCCCCGCCCUGCAGUCCCUGGAGCGCCACGUGCGCUACGUCAUAACCCACGGCAACGCCGACGAACACUUCGGCCUGUUCGAGCGCCGCGACGGGAAGAGCGUGCUCCGGCUCGGCAAGAGGCCGCCCCCGCCGGGGUCCUACCGGCUGGAGAUCGCCAGCCUGCCUCUGUUCGGGCCGCGCAGGCUGCACCAGCUGGAGAAGCAGCAUGACAAUGACUACCUACGGGGGGAGUUAGGAGACGCUCUGCGCAUCAAGCUCCACAUCCACCUGCACUGAGCUCAGCGUGUGCAAUCCUGGUCCGGACUGAGCUUUAACCUUUAAUCCAAUAACCCUCCCCCAGUUACACCCGUACGGACCCUCCAACCAACACAGGGGGCAUUUAAGGACUAUCAAAGACUGAGUCAAUCAGCCCAACUCUACCACCACUUUGUUAGUCUUCAUUUUUUGUUCAUGAUUUGUGCUUUUUGUUGAUGUGUUUUUUUUUUUUACUCGUACCUGACCCAGCACUCAUUCUUUAGAUGGCAAAGAGGUGCUUUUGUGCUUGGACCACAACCGCUUUAUGCAGUAAAAGCAGCAGACAGGGCCUUACUUUUAUAAACCAGAGUAGCAUAAAUUCAGUUCAACAGGGCUUGUUUUAUUGCAACAUGUAAGGUAGUUUUGAAGUUGAAGGUCUGCAUCUGAAACAAUUGUUUGUAUAAAGAAGUGAACGAGGUAAAAGAUGACUGGUCCAAGAACUUUCUCACCUCUCUGUGAUCCUGAAAAGAAAACCACAACACUGGGGAUAAAGGUUUGCCCCCCCCCCCCCCCCCCCCCACUCGUCUUAGGAUUGUAGUAUGUUAAACACGAAGGACUGCAACACUUCCGCCGCAUUUCAGGUUCUUACGUUCAUAGCACUCUGUUGUUCUGUAGCUGGAAGCCCACCCACGUUCAGAUGAGAGAGCAGCCAGCAGGCCGUGUUCUGCUCAGAUGUGCGAUUGCAGGGAUUUAGCAUGUUUGCGUGUGUGUGUGCUGUCAUGUUUUCGGUUACCUCAGUACCUCUCGCCAAGUGUGGGCACCAUGCUGUGAUGCUGACUCCAAAACAAAAGAGGGUGCUAGCAUCCUUCCGUCCAUCACGGGCUGGCGGCGGGKGGGGAUAAACUCAGUAGGACCACAGUAGCUCGUAGACUUGAAACGAAGGUGGAUCAGGUUGAGUUUGUGUUUGUCAUUUAAGGGAUUUUUGACCUCAGGUGCGCUGAUUCUGGACCUGAGCUCCAGCUUGUUUAGUAUGAAGUGAAAAAGUCUUUYUUUGUCUCUCGUGUGUCAGCUGUGAGAAACUGAUUUUCUCUUGUUUUAGUUUCUUCAUAUUUCAGGAGAACAGAAAUGUAGCUGAAAUUAAACUGACUUUAUCUGACUUCUUUGACUUUACUUGUUCUUGUGACGCCUGAAGACCAAGCCUCGUUUACGACACAGCAGUUCCCCCCCCCCCCCACCCCACCAAAAAAAAGGUACAUAGCAUGUGGAGCUGGAACUAAAAAGUUGUGCUUUGGAGAGGAAGGGCACGCACAGGUGAACUCUAAACCUCACAAUAAAUGAAUGUCAGGUCAUAAUUCAUCAAUCGUAAAUAUUUUUUUAUCCUCUCAAAGAGGGCGAAAAAAAGGUGCUAUAUCAUACCAUCGCUUAUGCUGUGGAAAGCAAAUGCAGUCUUGAAUCUGGAUUGCGGAAGUGACUUUUUUUUGCAAGGUUGUAUUGUUGUGUAUGUCUGUCUUUUUGUACUGUCUGAAUAUUAUCAAACAUGCUUUGUGAUAAUUAAAUUGUAUAUUUUUAAAUGAAGACUUGAUUGAUUUUCACUGUCAAGGCAAAAGAAAAACUUUUAGGUUUUAGCGCUUUUGAAUGUUUACGAAAAAAAAUAAAGAAAUCUGCCUCCCCGAACCAAAAAAAAAAAAAAGGUUAAGAAAAAGACUAAAGUUGUAUUUGUUUUCUCACAUCCAGGGAAACUUACACUGUCCGUGGCGUACUCGCAAAACAAGCUGGGAUCUGCGGUGCUACAUCUGUUUUUAUUUUUAACAUUCAGGGUCACUGCACUGUUUCACAGCCAACAGUAAACAUGUUUUAUACCACACAGCCAUUUCCUAACAAAACAUUUGUAUGUGUCGUAUCAUUUCUGUCAAUGUGUCGACUUUGAGAAAAAGGCGUGUGCUUACUGUAACCCAGUUUCAGCCUCAAACUUGAAUACUGUCUUUUUUUUUUGUUUUGCAGCUUUAUUGAAAACCAGAUGCAGGAGUUUUCUGUAUUUUUUUCUCUAAUUGUAAGCUUCAUACCAGAAGYAUAAGAGUUUAACUCAAAGCUGAUGACAAUCAUCCAGUCGCACCUACAAUUAAAAGAUCAAUCUUUUAUCAAAUAUUCAUGCAAAGAUGGAAACCAAAGAUGUUAAACAGCAAACGGCAGUCUGUAAAGUGAUUCACAUAAUUGUAUACUUUUGUUCAGUGUCAUUCAUGGCAAUAAAAUGUUGUCAGUUCAGUUUC